GCAUAUAAAUCCCCAGAAAAAGAAAAGCUUUCAAAUAUUUCCGUCGUCAUUUUCCUUGAACCUUGAAAAUUGAAGAAGAAUGUUUCUGGUGGAUUGGUUCUACGGCGUGCUGGCAUCUCUAGGACUGUGGCAGAAGGAAGCUAAGAUCUUGUUCUUGGGGCUCGAUAACGCCGGCAAGACCACCUUGCUUCACAUGCUCAAAGAUGAGAGACUAGUUCAGCACCAACCGACUCAGUACCCGACCUCCGAGGAGUUGAGUAUAGGCCAGAUUAAGUUCAAGGCUUUUGAUUUGGGUGGCCAUCAGAUCGCUCGCCGAGUCUGGAAGGAUUACUACGCCAAGGUAGAUGCUGUUGUCUACCUGGUUGAUGCUUUUGACAAGGAGAGAUUUGCAGAGUCUAAGAAGGAGCUUGACGCUCUUCUUUCUGAUGAGUCACUGGCCACUGUCCCGUUUCUUAUUUUGGGGAACAAGAUUGACAUACCCUAUGCCGCUUCGGAGGAUGAGCUGCGUUAUCAUAUGGGCCUGACCAACUUCACAACUGGUAAGGGGAAGGUCAAUCUGGCAGAUUCCAAUGUUCGCCCACUGGAGGUGUUUAUGUGCAGCAUUGUCCGCAAGAUGGGCUAUGGCGAGGGAUUCAAGUGGGUUUCUCAAUACAUCAAGUAGGCACGUGAAUGAUUGAGAUGGUAGUUUUCCUACCACUGAUAUAAUCUUCAGUAAUUCAGUGUUUUCUAUUUCUAAGCAUAGGCUCAUUAAAGUGGAUAGGUUACCUUGUCGAACUUUUUGCUCUUCAAAUCUACGUCUGCUUUUUAAUUUUCUUUGGCUUCAGGUUGCAUUAGUUGUACUAGUAGAAGUUAGUUUUCUUAUGUAAUUUGCAGUAUUAGAUUGUAUACUCUGCCUUGUGGGUUCGUUUUCUUAUGCAUUGGAAAGUAGGAAUACUACGUAUCCUACCUGGUUGUUAGUGUUUAUUCGAGAAAGCCCACCAUUCUGGUUUUAC